GGUUCCAAGUUGGCGGAGCGGCUGGGACCCCCGGACUCUUCGGCGGCGGCAGCCCCAGGAGGGGCUGAGUAGGCGAGCAGGGGAGGGGGCGCCGCCCAACCCCGAGCCCAGAGCCCGACACGCUACCCGCGGCGGUACCAUGCGCGCCGAGCCGGCGUGACCGGCUCCGCCCGCAGCCUCCCGCAGCCCAGCCCGGCGCCCUCGCCGGCCACACCGAGCGGCGCCCAGGAGCUAUGAGCCAUGAAGCCACCCGGCAGCAGCUCCCGGCGGCCGCCCCUGGCGGGCUGCAGCCUUUCCCGAGCCUCCAGCGGCCCCCGCGGCGGCCCCGCCGGCCCGGCGCCUGCUCGCGCCCUGGCCCGCGCGCCGCCCUGCCGCCUGCUCCUCGUCCUUGUCCUGCUGCCUCCACUCGCCGCCUCGUCCCGGCCCCGCGCCUGGGGGGCUGCUGCGCCCAGCGCUCCGCAUUGGAAUGAAACUGCAGAAAAAGAUUUGGGAGUCCUGGCAGAUGAAGAGAACACAUCGCAAGAGAACAGCAGCAGACACAUCAGUCCCAGCGGUGGGCUGCAGAAAGAGAUCACGCUGCCGUCCAGACUCGUGUAUUAUGUCAACCAAGACUCGGAAAGCCCCUACCAUGUUCUUGACACAAAGGCAAGACACCAGCAAAAACACAACAAGGCUGUCCAUCUGGCCCAGGCGAGCUUCCAGAUUGAAGCGUUUGGCUCCAAAUUCAUUCUCGACCUCACACUAAAUAACGGUCUGCUGUCUUCAGAUUAUGUGGAGAUUCACUACGAAGAUGGGAAACCACAGUUCUCUAAGGGUGGAGAACACUGUUACUACCACGGGAGCAUCAGAGGCGUCAAGGACUCCAGGGCGGCUCUGUCGACCUGCAACGGACUUCAUGGCAUGUUUGAAGAUAACGCCUUUGUGUAUAUGAUAGAACCGCUGGAGCUGAUCCAUGAUGAGAAAAGCACAGGUCGACCACAUAUAAUCCAGAAAACCCUGGCGGGACAAUAUUCUAAGCAAAUGGAGAAUCUCAGCCUGGGAGGCAGCGAGCAGUGGCCCCUUCUGUCUGAAUUACGCUGGUUGAAGAGGAGGAGGAGGAGAGCCGUGAAUCCAUCUCGUGGUGUGUUUGAAGAAAUGAAAUAUUUGGAACUCAUGAUUGUUAAUGAUCAUAAAACGUAUAAGAAAUAUCGCUCUUCUCAUGCGCACACCAACAACUUUGCCAAGUCUGUGGUCAACCUUGUGGAUUCUAUAUACAAGGAGCAGCUCAAUACCAGGGUCGUCCUGGUGGCUGUAGAGACCUGGACUGAGAAGGAUCAUAUUGACAUCACCACCAACCCUGUGCAGAUGCUCCAUGAGUUCUCCAAAUACCGGCAGCGGAUCAAGCAGCAUGCUGAUGCUGUGCACCUCAUCUCACGUGUGACAUUCCACUAUAAGAGAAGCAGCCUGAGCUACUUUGGAGGCGUCUGUUCUCGCACAAGGGGAGUUGGUGUGAAUGAGUAUGGUCUUCCAAUGGCAGUGGCACAAGUAUUGUCGCAGAGCCUGGCUCAAAACCUUGGAAUCCAAUGGGAACCUUCUAGCCGAAAGCCAAAAUGUGACUGCACAGAAUCCUGGGGUGGCUGCAUCAUGGAGGAGACGGGGGUGUCUCAUUCCCGGAAGUUCUCAAAGUGCAGCAUUUUCGAGUACAGAGACUUCCUGCAGAGAGGGGGUGGCGCCUGUCUUUUCAACAGGCCAACAAAGCUCUUUGAGCCCACGGAAUGUGGGAAUGGAUAUGUGGAAGCUGGGGAGGAGUGUGACUGUGGCUUCCAUGUGGAGUGCUACGGGCUGUGCUGUAAGAAGUGCUCGCUCUCCAACGGGGCUCACUGCAGCGACGGGCCCUGCUGUAACAGCACCUCCUGCCUUUUUCAGCCGCGAAGCUACGACUGUCGGGACGCUGUGAACAGCUGUGACAUCACCGAGUACUGCACUGGAGACUCCGGCCAGAUUCUAUUUUUCAGUGCCCCCCCGAAUCUUCACAAGCAAGAUGGAUAUGCGUGUAAUCAAAAUCAGGGCCGCUGCUACAACGGCGAGUGCAAGACCCGGGACAACCAGUGUCAGUACAUCUGGGGAACAAAGGCGUCGGGGUCGGACAAGUUCUGCUACGAGAAGCUGAAUACAGAAGGCACGGAGAAGGGCAACUGCGGAAAGGACGGAGACCGCUGGGUGCAGUGCAGCAAGCAUGAUGUGUUCUGUGGACUUUUACUCUGUACCAAUCUCACUCGAGCUCCUCGUAUCGGUCAACUUCAGGGUGAGAUCAUCCCAACGUCCUUCUACCAUCAAGGCCGGGUGAUUGACUGCAGCGGUGCUCAUGUGGUUUUAGAUGAUGAUACAGAUGUGGGCUAUGUGGAAGAUGGAACACCAUGUGGCCCAUCUAUGAUGUGUUUGGAUCGGAAGUGCCUGCAGAUUCAGGCCCUAAAUAUGAGCAGCUGCCCGCUCGAUUCCAAGGGUAAAGUCUGCUCAGGCCAUGGGGUGUGUAGUAAUGAAGCCACCUGCAUCUGUGACUUCACCUGGGCGGGGACAGACUGCAGCAUCCGGGAUCCAGUCAGGAACCUUCACCCCCCCAAGGACGAAGGACCCAAGGGUCCUAGUGCCACCAAUCUCAUAAUAGGCUCCAUCGCUGGUGCCAUCCUGGUAGCAGCUAUUGUCCUUGGGGGCACAGGAUGGGGAUUUAAAAAUGUCAAGAAGAGGAGAUUCGAUCCCACCCAGCAAGGCCCCAUCUGAAGCGGCGGCCCUGGAUGACCGGCACCUUGCACGGUGGCACUCUGGGUGUGACACACUUGCAGCCACGUUGCCGGAACUGUUAAGUCUGUAAAUGGGAACAAUGGGUGGUAAUGACUACAGAACUAAAGUUGGGGCGACAGGGAUGGGGUAAAAGGAAACUCUGCUUUUUGGAAAUAAUUUCAGAGAGCCCCUCCCCCCACCUGUCAAUCAAAAGGGGCAAAAGACAAUGUUAUAAAAAGAACUAUUUCAGAAUCUUUUUUUUUCUAGCUAAAGGAAGAAGGAACAACAAAAAAUUAAGUGCAAUAAAAGGACCAUUAAAAAAUAGCAAAUGAUUUUUUUCUGUCCUCAGCCUGCUGGCACUUAAUAUCUUCUAAAUGAUUUGGCAUGAUUUUGUUUUUCCUUUUCCGACCAAUGACACACUCCAGUGGCAUGAAGAUCUAAUUUUCGAAAGGGUAAAAACUGCAUGGCAUACAUCCUACAGCAGCUAGCAAGCCAGUCCACAGCAAAACCUGCACCUGACCCUCGCCUCCGUGAAGGGAAAGAAGAGCAGGGGAGCCGCCCGCCCCGGUCUGGACCGGCCCGAGGAGCACACGGCCCUGCUCUGGUUGACUCACUCUCCGGUGUUUUCUCUCCUGGACUGAGCAUCCUUUGGAAAUGGGAGCUGGAAUAUGAACAAUGAUGCUACUGUAUAGUUCUUUUAUAAAUGUAAAUAUGGAAAUAAGCGAUUUUGACGCCUCAUUUUCACUUGUCUGUAUUGAAAUAUUCCCCCUGUAAAGGUGCCCUGUAAAUCCGAGUUUACCGGUUGGCUCCCCAUCCUUUUGGUUUCUUUUCUCUGUUUCUGCUCUGUCUGUCCUUCUCUGUUGUAACAUGUUGUACGAUAAUUGUUGGGUUUGCUUAAAAAAGACAGACGUAGCCACUGAUGCAGGGAGUUUGGACACAAAAUAGGUGCAAUUUAAAAAUGAAAUGCUUGAAUCCAAAAAGAAAUGAAAGGUGGGGGGACACAAACAACAAAAUAACCCAAAUUAAAACCACAGAACUUGUGUAAAUGCAAAUACACGCCCUGACAAGCCCCUCAAGUUUUGGUGUCAUUAGAAGCGUGUGUGUGCGGUGUGAGAACGGAGACACCCUCAAAUCACUCACAGAAGUGCCAACCUCAUGAGGCUCGUUUUUGGUUUUGACAAUUUUCUUUCCCUGUCAUUAAUGUGAAAGGAGGAGAAACUUAAAGCCUUAAAUAAAAAAAUAAUUUUUAAAUGUUGAAAGCUUGGGGGAAAAGUUAAACUUCCCAUUUUAUUCAUAUCCAUUAUUGUCAAUAUUUCAUCCCUGCUUCAUCCUCCUGCCUCAAAACACGUCUGGUAGAGCUGCGCUGUAAAACCGCACUGGCACCGGGAGCGGCCGUCGCCCUCUGCGAGCAUCGUGACAAUAGGUUUUAAUUCUGUGUGUUGUUUUCAGAAAACCUGGCUUGGCCCGCACUGUGUUGCUGGUCCGUGCACUGCUGCCCUGGGUUCUAAGGGGAUUCCACUGUCUACAAACCCCCAUCUCCCUCCUCCAGGCAGAUUUGCUGGUGGAAUCCGGGUCCCCAAGUCCCUCUCAGUUUACUUCACUUUCACUGAUUUCUUCCAUUUAUGGUCAAGAGAGCUUCUGUUCAAGUGUUAAGGGAAUACUUUAAUGAAGAAAUUUGGUCCCAGCUGUGUUUUGAGUGUGCAGACUGCGGUGAACCCCUGCAGGGGCAGCCGUCUGGAGCUGAGCCUGCCUGCGGCCCCCCAGGAGCCCGUGCUUCUCUAAGCCCCUCUUUUUUAGGAACAGGACAUGCAAUCUACUACUCCCUUCUCCUUGACAGCCAAAUCCGUAGCUAGGUUUAGCUUUAAGACCCUUUUCAGCAAGAUUCACGCCACUCGUUUCACAGCAUUUGCUUUGACUUUGCAAAGGAUUAUGUCCUAAAAAUGUGCUGCUUAAAACAGUGGGAUUUUCCCCCAGAUAUCUUUAAUUGUGGAAGUGUCACAACCAUAGAGCGAACCCUUGAUUUCUAUCUAACACAACAGGCUGUAUGUAACCUAACAUCUUCGACCUGUUAUUGCUGUCUGAGUGCCAGGUGCUACACAGGCGUGCAGGCAUUCUCGGGAACUGGCUGUGUGCGUUGACUGUAGUAACAGGGCUGUCUGCAUGGUUUAUCACCCUUGCUCUUGGUUUCAUGGGGCACGGUGUAUCCCUCUACCUGUGGCAGUGGCUCUUCCAGCUGGAGGAGACUCAGAUGGCUCGGCAUCUUCCUGUCACUGCAUCGGCUGUGUCUGUCUGUGGCUGGGUCCUCCUCGCCGGCGGAUACCCAGCCGCUGCUGAGUACGCCAUACACGUCCACUGCUGUUCCAGAGGCACCACGGCGACUGAACAGACACAAACCCACGGUGGUUACAAAACAAGUUAAAUGUCUGUUGUUGACUUUCGAGCAUUUCACAAACAACAUUGUAAAUGUGCGAUGUUAUGUUUUAAAUCCGACCACAGUGGUCCCCAAUACUAUGUACAUAUGGCAAACGUCCAGUGUAACUUUUUGUCACACUGGCAGUUUCAUAGGUAACCAAACCUGUGCUCCAAUGUUAAAUUAUUUGUGUGUAUCUGUAAAAACCACAAGCUUUAAGCUGUGUGCGCGAAUAGGAAAGGUGCUGCCACCAUACAGCCGUCAGCAAUGGCUUAGGAUGGUUUGAGGUGGUUUGAGGUCAGCUAUUUUCAGACUGCUGUGUUUUCUCUUGCACGUGCUAUUCAUUUGCUGAUUUUCGUGCUGUGAAUACUCCCUUUUAUUAAUUUGAGCUCAAAGCCAAGCAUCUCGCUGUUUAACGUCCCCCGACGAGAGUUGGUGUGAAGUGACCACAAGCCCCCAUUUCACCUGCUGUACUUUUGGCGCAUUAAUCAGCGACACCUGGACUAGGAGACCUGCGCUCACUUCAUUGCUCACCUGGGAUCCUGCAUGAGCCCAGUGGAUGAGAGCUACUCCUUCUAGAUAAACGAGCAGUACACAUAGGUGCAUGUUAUGAAACACGAUCACGUACAGCUGUGGAGUUUUACCAAGUGGUAGGUGUGUUUUUUGUUUUUGUUUUUCUUUUUUACUAUGCAAAGGUGGGAAAUGCACAAACUUUUCAAAGACUAGUGUCUGAAGAAUUUUACAAACAAUACUUGAAUCUUUUCUUUAAGGUCAUCCCAUCAUAUUUUAUAGUCAUUGUUGCUUCCAUUGUUAAUUUUCAUUUUUAAAUGGUUUGUAGUUUAAGUACACAACCUGAAGUUUUGUUUGAAGUUAAUAAAUUCAUCCAUAUCUUGUUGGCUGCCUGUGAACGGAGGUUCAGUAGUCAUUGUAUGCAUCUUUUAGUCAAGUGUAUAUUAAAACUUUUGUUAACGUAGAAUGUUGUAGCUUUAUACUUUGGUCAUUUUUCUUCAACCCUCUUUCUGUGUCCUCCCGUCUGGUUAAGUGGCCGUGCAUCUGAUAUCAUCAAGAGUUUUAGCACCGGUCUCUCGAUCAAAGGCUCACUCAAAAUUUAAUGUCAAUGGAGCAAAAUAAAAUCUCUGAUGAAUGAUAAAUAUACUCCUGAUUAGGAUUCAGUUUCAUGGGAUUUAUUGGAAAUGCUUUGCUUUUUAUAAAUCAGGGGGAAA